CCCAAAUCCCCAGAAGCUGGCUCUGUGGCAGAGGGACCACCAGACAUCCUCCUUUUCCAGGAUAUUUUGACCUGUGAGGCAUUUCAAAAGAGCUUCUACUCCUUUCCAACCUUGACUUUGGAUUUAAACUUAUUCCUCCAACCAAAGACACUCCUAAAGGAACCCACAGCCAGCCCAAGGGGACCCUUGACAGUCCAAGGAGAAGACUUGAACUCAGAACCAGGCUGCCCAGAAGAUGCCAUCCGGGUUCCGACAGAUCCGCAGAGAGGAUGAGGAGGAGGAAGGAGAUGAGGAUGCUGGGAGCGGGAUCACCUCCACCUUAAUCCUGUCCGUCUUCACGGCCGUUUUGGGGUCCCUGCAGUUUGGAUACAACAUCGGAGUCAUCAAUGCACCACAAAAGAUCAUUGAACAGAAUUACAAUGCCACCUGGAUGGAGCGCCAAGGGGUGGCGGACCCAACGCCCAUCGACCCAAGCACCCUCAAAACGCUGUGGUCCUUGUCGGUGGCCAUCUUCUCCAUCGGGGGCAUGGUCUCCUCCUUCAUGGUGGGCAUCGUCUCAGAAUGGCUUGGCCGGAAGAGGGCCAUGAUUGUGAACAACGGACUGGCCUUUCUUGGGGGCGGCUUGAUGGGAUUGGCGCAACUUGGCAAAUCCUAUGAGAUGAUGAUCCUUGGACGGUUCUUGAUCGGGGCUUUUUCGGGUUUUGCCUCUGGCCUGGUUCCAAUGUACGUGGGUGAGAUUGCUCCCACCAACCUGCGGGGAGCGCUGGGCACCAUAAACCAGUUGGCCAUUGUCAUUGGGAUCCUCAUUGCACAGGUGUUUGGGCUGGACACCCUCCUGGGCACCCCGAAACUAUGGCCCCUCCUGAUGGGUCUCAGCGUGGUCCCCUCUGCCCUCCAGCUCCUCUUGUUCCCCUUCUGCCCAGAGAGCCCACGCUACCUCUACAUCAUCCGCAACAAAGAGUCCAAAGCCAAAGAAAGUCUCAAGCGCCUGACCGGACGUGUGGAUGUGACCGCGGCCUUGAAUGAGAUGAAAGAAGAGAAACGCCGCAUGGACCUGGAGCGCAAGGUCUCCAUCCUGGAGCUCUUCCGAUCCCGCAUCUACCGCCAGCCCCUCCUGAUCGCGGUGGUCUUGCAGUUCUCCCAGCAGUUGUCGGGGAUCAAUGCGAUCUUCUACUACUCAACUGACAUCUUCACAAAGGCUGGACUGGACCAACCCAUCUAUGCCACCAUUGGAGCUGGAGCGGUCAACACGGUGUUCACUGUUGUUUCGGUGUUCCUGGUGGAGCGGGCAGGACGGCGCACAUUGCAUCUGCUCGGCUUGGUCGGCAUGAGCGUCUGUGCCAUCCUCAUGAUGGCAUCUCUCCUCUUAUCUGACCGUGUGCCAACCAUUGGCUAUCUCAGCAUGGUAGCCAUCUUUGGCUUCGUGGCCUUCUUUGAGAUCGGGCCAGGCCCCAUCCCAUGGUUCAUUGUGGCGGAGCUGUUCAGCCAGGGCCCUCGGCCGGCAGCAAUGGCCGUUGCCGGCUUCGCCAACUGGACCUGCAACUUCAUCAUCGGCAUGAGCUUCCCCUCCAUCGCGGAUGCCUGCGGUCCCUACGUCUUCCUCAUCUUUGCCCUCCUCCUUCUGGCUUUUGCGGUUUUCACGUAUCUCAAAGUACCGGAAACGAGGGGACGCACUUUUGACGAGAUUGCUGCUACAUUCCGGCGAACGCCUUCCUUACUCGACCGUGAAAUCAAACCUUAUACAGAACUGGACGAAUUGAGCCCAGACAACCAUGAAUGAGAGGGGUCUUGGGGCAGAUGGAUGGAGGGGAGAAGCAGAAAGGAGGACACAGUGUGGGGAACAUGGUCUUUGGAGUCAGGAGCGGUGGAGGGCAAGGAUACCCAGGGUCUGCCUAAGCACUUUAUUGAAACCGCGAGAGAGUCUGGCGCGCGGUCGAAACUUUUAAUUUUAUUUUUUCCUUUCUAGGUCAGUUUUUAGUCUCGAUGUAUUUCGAUUUUUCUUCUUUCACUUCUUUUUUUUAAAAAGGGAGAAAUUAUUUAAUAAAGCAGGGCAAGGCAGGUUUGCAGAAAAAGGGAAGCGCAGGAACGCGAUUCUUUGCAUUUCUCGAUUUCGGAGGACAAAAGAGUCGUGGCACAAAGGAUCGAAAAAGGAACUGUGAGUUUUAUCCUAAAGAGAGGAUCGUGGUGGAUUUCAUACAGAGAGAAAAUACUAUCCGACAUUGACUUGUAGCCUGGGAUCUGGACACAUAUUUUCCCAGAAAGGAAAGCCUGAAAGCAGAAUCUAAAUUACAAAAGGGAUAACAGGAGCUUCGAGGAUGUCUGCAAAACUUUCUUCUUCUCUCUACAAUUUUGGUUAUUUAUAUGUCGUGAUGGUUUUCUUUGAGCCAGGGACUGAGUCCAGUUUUAAUUCAGGAGAGCGUCGGCUCUGGAAAACGUGCAUUUACAACUGAGACGUUUGCCGAUGGAAAUGUGCAUUCGCAAGCGAGAAGCGUGCCUUUGCAUUUGUGUUCUCCUGAACAUGUUAUGAGUAUUUUUCUUUCUGCCGCCUCGUCGCACUUGAGAAACCACAGAUAGCCUGACAUACAUCCCUGUAUUGUUUGUGUGUGUGUCAGGGACUUCCAAGCUCAAGGCCUGAUCAUACAACUGAGCUUAGGAAGAAGUCACUUGAUACACGUUUAGUUCCAUGUUUGCUAAUGCUCUGUGCAACCUCCCCCACAAGGCCAACAGAAGGGGAGAAAUUGUCCUUGGGGAGCAUAGGAAAAACGGGCGCACUGUUCUUUGCCUUCCUUAGUUGCAAUGGUUCCUGCAUGUCUUUCCACCCACGCUGCCUUUGUCUAAUAACAGGAAAGUGGUUUUCCUUGGCUCUGCAAUGCCCAUUUUUGGCCAUCUGGGAGGGCAACCGAGGGCAAGGGCAUUCUGUAUAUACUCACGUAUAAGUCUAGAAAUUUUAGUCAAAAAAUUGACCCCAAAAAACUGAGCCGACUUAUCCAAUGUAAGUACCAUGUGCCAACUCUUACCCCCCAAAAAGAAACCAGCCUCAGAUGACAAGCAAGAGCUUAAUCUGUUUUGGAGAAGCACUGCUUCUUCUUUAUUCUCCCAUCCAUCCAGUCUUUAGCAUGAGUGCAAACAGUGAUGUCUGCUUGGAUUUUGUAAGUUGUUUGGCAUUACAGUGGUGCCUCGGGUUACGAAAUUAAUUCGUUCCUCCAUUCCUUUCGUAACCCGAAAAUUUCGUAACCCGAAACACUUUUCCGUUAG